CUCUUCUCAACUCUCGCCGUUGCUGCCUUGUCCGCUGUCGCCAGCGCAAAGACCAUCCGCAUCGACGUCGGAAAGAGCGGCUUCAACUUCUCGCCCAACGACAUCAAGGCGGAUAAGGGCGACAUUCUAGAAUUCCAUUACUUUGCCAUUAACCAUUCCGUCGUUGCCGCCGACUUUGCGAAGCCGUGCCAGCCCAAGGCGUCGGGCGGCUUCUUCUCAGGCUUCUUUGCUACCGGGUCUGGCGAGAACAAAAACGUCUUCCAGGUCACGGUCAACGACACCAACCCCACGUGGUUCUACUGCUCCCAGCCCAUCGGCAACCACUGCAGCGCCGGCAUGGUCGGAGUCGUCAACGCCGGCACCGACAACACGCUGGCCGACUUCAAGUCCGCCGCCGAAAAGGUCAACUCCAACGAGUCACCCAGCGCCGGGCCCUUUGGCGGCCGCGUCUUGUCUGCCGCCGCUGCCAGCUCGGCCAGCGGCAGCGGCAGCAGCACUACCGGCACCAGCACCGGCACCGCUACCACU